AUGCCAACAGAAUUGGAAGAGCUCGUGGGCUUCAUUGCUCAUCCCACCCCUCAACUCAGAAAAGUAGCCAUAGAAAACCUGGUCGGCUACUCUCAAGCGCAACCUUCGAUCUUCAAGACGGAGAACUUGACACCGGUCAAACAUCUCAAGUUUCUUGUCAGAGACCAUCCUCAAAUCGCUGAACAUGCCCUCACAAUCCUCAUCAACCUCACGGCCGAGAAGGACGUGCUCGAGAACGUUGCGACAGACCAGAAGUUUAUUGACAUCGUGUUGGACUUGAUUGUGAAACCCGACGAGCCAAACGCCAACUCCAUGGCCAUGCUGCUUGCAAACCUGGCAAAAUGGGACGGUCUCAAUACUAUCGUUUCAAAGAAGCAAACGCCGCCGGCGGAGCUCAAGUCGAACGACUUGGUGCUCAACCAGCUUGUUGAUCUCUUCGUCAAGGAGAAGGGGGCCUACAACAAAGAUGCGGAUUACGACUACCUCGCUUAUCUCUUCGCCGAUCUCACCAAGCACACCGAGGUGCGGCAGCACUUCGUCACGAGACAGGAAUACGACGAAGUCAUCCCCAUCACCAAGCUCAAGGUCUUCACCGAGCAUCAGUCCGAGAUCCGGAGAAAGGGAGUCGCGAGCACCAUCAAGAACGUCGCCUUUGAGAUUCAGUUCCACCCGACGUUUAUGGACGAGGACGAGGUCGACAUCCUGCCCUACAUCCUCCUGCCUAUCACCGGUAACGAGGAGUAUGACGAGGACGACACCAUGGGCAUGCUUCCCGACCUGCAGCUGCUGCCACCCGACAAGAAGCGCGAUUCGGACCCGAAAAUCAUCCAGACUCACGUCGAGACGCUGCUGCUCUUCACCACGACGAGGGAAGGCCGAGAUCUGCUGAGACGAGUCAAGGUCUACCCCAUCAUCCGAGAGACGCACGCGCGGGUCGACGACGAGGGUGUCAAGGAUGCUUGCGACCGGUUGGUGCAGGUCCUCAUGAGAGAUGAGGAGCCGGCCGAGGGCGAGGGUGAGGGCGAGGGCGAGACGAAGCUCAAGGAGCUGACGAACGGCUCAAGGGUCGAGGAGCUUGAGGAUGACGAUGAGAUCGUGGAGGUCUAG